UCCUGAACGCUACCUUUUAAGACGUGCAGCGAAGAAGAAGAAAGUGUGCUAAUGCUAACAAUGGCAGCUAACUCGGAUCUCCGAAUAAAUCUGCUGCCUUCAGAUCCACUGCUGCACGUCCUGUCCUUCCUGGGCUUCAGAGACCUGAUCCAUUGCAGUUUUGUCAGCAGGAGGCUGAACGAGCUGUCCAAACACAACCCGCUGUGGAAACGCCUCUGCUCCAAACACUGGCUGCUGACCGAUGCGGAUCGGCUGCAGAGCGGGGUGUCCUGGUACCUCCUCUUCCAGCAGAACUACAGAGACCUGGGUCGAUACCUGCAGCAAUACGCUCCGCUGAAGAGGUCCUGGGAGCAGCUGAAGAGCUUCCUGCUGCAGAAAUGUCCCCGCAUGAUCGCAUCACUCAAAGAGGGCGCCACAGAGACGGAGCUAAACGACAUCGAGGCUCAGAUCGACUGCCGACUCCCCGAUGAUUACCGCUGCUCGUACCGGAUCCACAACGGACAGAAGCUGGUAAUCCCCGGGCUGAUGGGCAGCAUGUCCCUUUCGAACCACUACCGCUCAGAGGUGCUGCUCGACGUGGAGACAGCGGCGGGGGGGUUCCAGCAGAGGAAGGGGAUGCAGCGCUGCCUCCCGCUAACCUUCUGCUUCCACACCGGCCUCAGCCAGUACAUGGCGCUGCAGCCGGCCGAGGGGCGCCGGAAGUUCGAAAGCUUCUACCCCUGCCCCGACCAGACGGCUCAGGACCCUUCGGCCAUCGACAUGUUCAUCACAGGGUCCUGUUUCCUGGAGUGGUUCACGGCAUAUGUCAACAAGGUGGUCACGGGAGAGUAUCCCAUCAUCAGGGACCAGAUCUUCAGGUACGUGCACGAUAAGAGCUGCGUGGCGACGACCGGAGAAAUUACAGUCUCCGUCUCCACCUCCUUCCUGCCCGAACUCUCCUCCGUGCACCCCCCACACUUCUUCUUCACCUACCGCAUAAGGAUAGAGAUGUCCAGCAGUGCGUCUCCGGAAGCUUCCUGUCAGCUGGAUAGCCGUUACUGGAAGAUCACCACGUCAGACGGGAAAGUGGAGGGGGUUCAGGGACCCGGCGUGGUCGGAGAGUUCCCCAUCAUGACUCCGGGGAAGGUGCACGAGUACGCCAGCUGCACCACCUUCUCCACGCCCUCUGAGUACAUGGAGGGAUUCUACGCCUUCCACAGGCUCGCCAACAAGGAGGAGGUUUUUGACGUGGAGAUCCCUCGCUUCCACAUGGUCUGCCCCCCCUUCAGAGAGCCUGUGGUCCGGACGAAAGCAUCGAGUCGGCGCAUCGAUGACCCGGACGACGAUGGAGAGUUUUUCGACGGAGACGGCGACGACUUCGGAGACCUGCGAGGGAUCAACAUGGCCGCUCUGGAGGGGGCGUUGUGUCCACGCCACAUCUGACCCUCACCUGUCUGCAGUAGCAGGUCAUUCUGGGAAAAGGUAACCAGAGACUCCACUUCCUGCUGCCAGACGGGACAAAAUAAUGUGAACGACGUGGCGCCGUUUACAGAAACACUUCCUGUUUCUCUUGUGGAUAAACUGGGACUAAGAGGGGAAGUCGAGCCUCGGCUCUGACGGGGCGUUGGGCGGGAAGCGGAUGUUCUUGCUGCAGGUUUGCGGUGCUUCUCCGGUCAGCUGUUUAAAUUAUUGAAAUCAUCGCCACUGCAGGAGCAGCGUCACCAUCAGGGUUUAGCAAGAGCGUGACAUCUUUACAGGACACUCUUCAAACACACGGGAACAUUUUAUUUUGAAAAUGUGAUUUUUCUGCGUUAAAAAAAAAAAAAUUCUAAAUAAAACACUGGGCAAUUCCGGGCAAAUUCUCAGACUUUGGAUUGUCUUCAUAUAUUCAGAAAGCGGUUUUCCACUCGAUCAAGUUUGCAUUUUAUAUAGAUGUGUAUAUAUUCAGCAUUUUCACUCAGACUUUUUUGAGCUUUUCGGCAUUUACUCUGGGGAGUUGUCAGCUAAUUUUCCAGUAUUUUUCUCUGUAGGGGGGGGGUCAAAGAAAUCCCCUCAAUCAGCAUUCUGGAAAAAUAAUUGAUGAAAAUACUGGUUUUCAGGAAGCAUUUACAUAAACCCCCCAUCUCUCGAGUUCUUUUGAUUACUCUUUCACUCUGGAUUUUCACAAUAAAAUCUCUACCUUCUAAGAGACAGGUUGAUAAGUCAAGACCCUCCUCUCAUUUAUAACCCCUCCUCUUUCGUUUCCUGAGUGACACAAAGAUUUGAAUAACUUACAAAAUAUAUAUAUUUAUAUUUAUGAGCGACAUAUUGGAGUCCUUUUUUCCACGCCUGUCUCUCUAAAUAUUUUGUGGAAUAUUUAACGGGUUCAGACCCUCGGACAGAGACUUCCUGUUUACUCUGGAGUACCCCCCCCCUCCUGUCAGCUGUUGGUCCUGCAUGGAGACCCUUCAUCAUGUGUCCUCGGUGCAGACGCUGAUAUUAUGGGAUGUGUUUGUGCUUCGCUGCUUCCUGCUUUAGACUGUGUAACAGGUGCACGGUAGCGAGGGCGUGUGAUUGGUGCGUUUGUUUUGUAUGUCUUUGGUUAAAUAAAUAAGAAAUAUUCAUUA